AUGGGAUUGAGAUCUUUGUUCAAGAGGAAGAAGAAACAAUCCCUUCCAAUGACUGCCUCAAACUCGAUCCCUAUAAUAAACUCCCCAUCAUCCUCCUUGAAUUCUAGAGCCCAGAUCGAGGACGAGCUCAAGCAAGUUUUCAAGAAAUUCGACGUUAAUGGCGAUGGAAAGAUCUCGGCUUCUGAGUUGGGUUCAAUUAUGGGCAGCCUUGGCCACCGGACGACAAAUGAAGAGCUUGAGAUCAUGAUCAAGGAGGUGGAUUCUGAUGGGGAUGGAUUCAUCAACAUGCUAGAAUUCAUUGAACUAAACACCAAGGAUAUUGACUCGGAGGAGGUGCUCGAUAAUCUUAAGAAGGCGUUCUCGGUUUUCGAUAUUGACAAGAAUGGCUCGAUAUCGGCCGAGGAACUGCAGAAUGUGUUGAAGAACCUUGGAGAGGAAUGUACAUUGUCCGAGUGCAAGAAGAUGAUAAGCGGGGUGGAUGCAGAUGGCAAUGGCACGAUCAGUUUCGAUGAAUUCAAGGUCAUGAUGAUGAUGGGAUCGUGCUUUGAUGCGGAUGUGCAACCCAAGAUUGGUUGA